AUGGGUAGCUUAACAAAUCCCGAUGGAUCGCAAUAUCCAAGCAGCUGCCUCGAUCCGGGAAUCAAGUCGACGCGAAACAAACGCACUCCAUUUCAGUCAUAUUUCGAAAAGUCGAUAUCUGGUCCGACUGACCCCUGUAUAGGCAACGCCGACGCCACGAUCCGUGCUACACACUUUGGCAUUGAGCUUGAAUUCGUUCUGGCUUUCAGAGAAGACCUACUGGAAUCUAUCAUAUCAGAAUACAAUUUGGACGCCGACAUCAUCAAAACCCUGGCGGAUUACGAACAUCGCUCUCUGAUCGAACACGACCAUAUUGGCACGAAUCCUUCCUACGAAUGCCGAUGGAGGCACCCGUCAUGGGCACUACACGUUCCAGAGACGGACAUAGUGUGCAACUCGAAACUCCACAAGGGCAUGUUUUUCAACAGAGACCGCCUUGACAAACAGGGGCUUCUUUCCAAUGUUGUGGGAUGGGUAGAACCUGACCCACGCAACCGAGACUCUCAUGAGGCUUCGAAGAUCACCCUGCCAAACCACAAUUCCACGGACGAAAGAGCCUUACUUCGAACGAGUCUAAUAGACUACACAGAAUGGACUUUGACAAACGAUCAUACUGUUGUUGGAGCGCUUCGAAGUCAACUACGGGAACAUCUGAUUUCUCAAGGAGUCACCGAGGAUGAUGUUUCGAAAUGGGAUAGCUAUGGAGUGGAGAUGAUCUCGCCGGUGUUUGAACUUGAGAGGAAAAGGGAAGCUUUCUCUCAAAUCGAAAAAUAUCUUGGAGGUCUAAUUUCGAAGGAGACUUCAAUUCUUGAAUCUGUCUGGGCUAGUGCUCAUGUGCAUAUCGGAUUCAAUUUCUCGAGUGCGAAGGAUAUCCCCAUCCUGUUGCUUCAGCAUUUGGCAUACAUCCUUGUCCUACACGAAGAUCUUUUGUCGAAGUGUCACCCUCGAAGUCGCUGCGGCAUUCAACUUUUGGAGUCAGCCUCCGAAGAUGUGGAAGAUGAAGGCUCAAUCGACGACGAAGUCUUUGAUCCCGACGCCCCCUACGAACCACCACCCGAGCAAUCAGAAGAAGAGUUAGAGGAGUGCAACGAACGAGUGGUUCUCGCUUUCGAGGCCAAGUACACCGGAGCCGAUAAUGUCAGCUCCAACGCUCGGUAUCUACGGAAGCAAUUAUCAGAGAGGUCCAUCCAAUACUCCCCCGAAUCGAUCAGAGACGCCAUCUUCAAACAAGACGGCAACAUUUUUGACCUGGUGGCCCUCUUACAACCAAACGAUGAACACGGCAAUCCACACAGGGGAUAUAUGUACAAUUUUGCGAAUCUUGUCAAUCUAGCACGCAACAACACGACUUGGAAACAGAUUAAGCCGACAGUGGAAUUUCGCCAGCAUGCUUGCACGAUGAGCGCAGAAGUGUUGAAUCGAUGGGUGACGGUUUUGGAAAGAGUUGUACGUGUGGCGGAAAAGAAUGCACAGAGGACAAUGCCGUCUGGUCCCACCAAUCCAACAGAUGACGUGCAGAGCUCUUUCGCGAAGGGGGAAUGCGAGAAAUACCCUUCUCAGUGGCCUUAUGAGAGCAUGAGCGCAUUCUGUGGGGAAUUUUUAGGCAUGAGCUUGGAGGACCAGCAGUACUGGCAACAGAGGUUUGAAAGAUACAAGGAUGACAGACCGGAGGAAGUUGGCGAUGAAUGA